AUGGGUCUUAUGGAUGAAUUAGAUAUGGGCUCCUAUCCUGGUGGAAACAUGAAAGCUUUUAAAAAGAAGCUAGCCGAAGUCCAUGCAUCACCACCUUGGAUGACCCCAGUAUUGAAGGAAGCAUCGGAAUGGAAUCCUUACUCUUUCGAAGGAGGAACUACAGCAGCAAUUGCUGGUGAUAACUUUGCGAUUAUGGCGAGUGAUACACGCAUGUCACAAUUUGAAAUCAAUGUUUUGACUCGUGAUGCAGAGAAGAUCCAUGUCUUAAAUGAUUCAAUUGUACUUUCGUGUGCUGGAUUUUACGGCGAUAUUCUGCAGCUGAAGCGAUUGUUGGAGGCUCGUUUACAUAAGUAUCGGUUUGAUUAUCGUGGGGAUAUGACCGUAGAUUUAUGCGCCGAGUUAUUAUCACGAAAUUUAUAUUAUCGACGUUUUUUUCCGUAUUACACCGGUGCAAUAUUAGCCGGCAUUGAUGAGAAUGGUAAAGGAGCUGUGUUUAGCUAUGAUCCCAUUGGGUGCAUUGAACAUAUCGCGUACACUGCUUCCGGUAGCGCUGAACCAAUGAUUAUGCCGUUUUUCGAUUGCCAGAUUGGUUUGGUAACAAUGUCUGGUGAUGUGGAGAAGCCGCUUUUGACAAUUGAACGAGCUACAUCACUUAUAAAAGAUGCUUUUCGUGUAGCAGCAGAACGUGAAAUAAGCACAGGAGAUAAGAUACAUUUGGUGAUUGCUGAAGCAGGCAAACCAAUUCGCAAGAUGCAUUUGCCUCUUCGUGAAGAUUAA